GUUAUCUUGAUCUAGUGUCCAAUCUGACGGAAACCCCACUGAAGCCGGCCUACUAUGGCCAACAGGAUGGGAUAGGAUUGAGUCCGUGGUUAUUAUUGAUCCAGUCCGAUGAGGUAAAACUGCCGAACGAAAGACGGGAUUCAACUGACUAUCGGUGGUGCGCAAAUAGUACGCUGGGUCCAUCACCGUCAGCUCAGUGCGAGUUGUGCAGAGUGUCUCCCGAGGGUCGCUCUUCAUCAGUCAUUGACCUUGAACCAGUCAACCUGAAUGUCAUUGUGAAAGUGUUGGAUCAGCAUCAACUACUUGAUCUACUUCGACCUGCUCACCUGCUCCAUCCACUACCCUUGGGGUUGGCCACGGUGAUCUUGCAAUAUCAACUUGACCAGGGUCAAGCUAAAACCGUUUCACCUCAACCGACAGACAUUCUAAUCAAUCAGCACGCGUCGAAGGCGAAGGCCAUCCGAACUUCGCCGUGGUUACCCUUAUUAACAACCAGCAUGAUGUUGUUACCACUCUCUCCUCAGGCAAACAAGAACCAACCCAUCAGAUCGGUGCAUCCUUAUUUGAAAUCGAAGCUAGGUGGCGGACCGCUGACAUACAUUUCAUUGCAAGCACCAGCACAAGUCGCUUCUGUCUCAGCGUGGAUUCCUCCACCGAAGUCUAGUGUUCAUCUGGAUAACCUGCACAACAUCAUCUCUCAGUGUGGAUGCCAGUGGUCGCUGCCGGAGGAACACCUUAAUUCAAUGGGAAUGGGACUCAAGACGACGAGCGAUGCUGCCGCAAGUGGGCCCCGGUUGUUUCAGCCGUUUGUAGAGGAAGCGUAUGUGAGUGUGUUUUGGCCGAGAGCCGCCUCCGAUAUUUGUCCCUCUGGGGCGCCCAUUUUACUCGCGUUGAUCAGCACUCGCGUUACCAAAUUAGACGCGGGGAUUUUCACUGAACGAUUCUUGUAA